UACUGUCCAUUCGAAGGGUUGUACCCCCUCCCCUCGGAGUGGCCCUUUUGUGUCUAUAAAACGACACACAUAAAUCAGUGGGAAAGCACAGAAAUUUUAAUACUAUUAGUCACCCGUACGGGCCGUACCCAUCCAGGCAAACAUCAGGAUAUGGCGAGGAAGAAGGUCCAGCUCCAGUGGAUAAUGGAUGACACAGCCAGGAGGACGACUUAUAAGAAAAGAGUGAAGGGUCUGAUGAAGAAGGUGAAGGAACUGAGUAUCCUAUGUGGGAUUGAGGCCUGCGCUGUUGUCUACAGUCCGUAUGAUCCGCAGCCGGAGGUUUGGCCCUCUCCAAUGGAGGCGGUACGGGUGAUUGGGGAGUUCAAGUGCAGGCCGGAAAACGACCAGACCAAGAAGAGGUUCAACCAAGAAAACUAUAUCAGGCAGAGGGUGGCAAAAGCUAAGGACCAGGUGGUGAAACAGCAGAAGAAAAAUAGGAGAACGGAGAUGGAAAACCUCAUGUACCAGUGCCAGGCUGGGGGCAAGGGGUUGCAGGACUUGAACAUCAAAGAUUCUAGCGAUUUGAUGUGGUCUAUUGAUGAUCGGUUGAAGGCAGUGGGCCAGAAGAUGGAGUACUUCCAUCAUCCGGCACCCCAACCAAGCGGUGCUGCUGCUCCGGCUGCAGUUCCCGUGGCCCAAAAGACACCUCUAGAGGUGGCUCUUGAGUCACUUGAGAAUCAAAUGCUAAUGGACUUAACUCCCAGGCCUACGGACAGUCUGGUCACUGUGGGGUACUGUAAAGUGUGA